GGAAACACACUUUCGCGAAGAAGAGGCGACACAGCGGAAUAGCCUGUGCGGCCUGCCUUCUGUAACCGAGCUGAGAAAUGGCGGCGUCCGUGUGCCGAGUAGGAAGCACCGUGGGUCGAGUCCUCGCCAAAGCGCGCAGUCCCAUUCUACUUUCUUUGAGACGUGGGCAGGCAUCAGUAAGCUAUGCUCAGAGCCUGCUGGGAGCCCCUGAAACCCAUCUAACAGCCCUGGACAAUGGUUUGAGAGUUGCAUCCGAGGAUACUGGACAUGCUACUUGCACAGUUGGAUUGUGGAUCAGUGCUGGUAGUCGCUAUGAGAGUGAGAAGAACAAUGGAGCAGGCUUUUUCCUGGAGCACAUGGCAUUCAAGGGAACAAAGAUGUAUCCUCAAACAGCCCUGGAGCAGCAGGUAGAGUCUAUGGGUGCCCACCUGAGUGCUUACACUUCUAGGGAGCACACUGCAUACUACAUGAAGACCCUUGCCAAGGAUCUGCCUAAAGCUGUGGAGCUGCUGUCAGAGGUUGUGCAGAACUGCUCACUGAACGAGGCAGAGAUUGAGCAGCAGAGGGGUGUGGUGCUGCGUGAGCUGGAAGAAGUUGAGGGAAACCUGCAGGAAGUUUGCCUAGACCUGCUGCAUGCCACAGCCUUCCAGGGCACUCCUCUGGGACAAAGUGUGCUGGGCCCCUCCAGCAGUGCUAGGAAUUUGAGCCGGCAGGACUUGGUUGAAUACAUCCACAGCCAUUACAAGGCCCCUCGCAUGGUGCUGGCUGCUGCUGGAGGUGUGAAUCACGACGAGCUGGUUGGUUUGGCCAAUUCUCAUUUUAGUGGAGUGUCCUUUGAGUACGAGGGUGAUGCCGUCCCUGUAUUGUCACCCUGCCGAUUCACUGGUAGUGAGAUCCGUAUGCGUGAUGAUGCUUUGCCUCUGGCGCACAUUGCCAUCGCCGUGGAGGGCGCUAGUGCAGCUAGUCCAGACAUUGUGCCCCUGAUGGUGGGCAACGCUAUCAUUGGCAGCUAUGACCUUACCUAUGGUGGUGGAAAGCACCUGAGCAGCCGCCUGGCUCGGCUGGCAGUGGAGGACAACCUUUGUCACAGCUUCCAGGCGUUCCAUUCCUCCUACAGCGACACUGGCCUGCUGGGCAUCUACUUUGUCAGCGAUAGGCACCACAUUGAUGACAUGAUGCACUGGUCCCAGAAUGCCUGGAUGAACCUGUGUACUACAGUCACAGAGAGUGAUGUAGCCAGAGGCCGAAACGCUCUAAAGGCCAGCCUGGUUGGACAACUUAAUGGAACAACACCUAUUUGUGACGACAUCGGCAGACACAUCCUGAACUACGGGCGGCGUAUUCCUCUUGCAGAGUGGAACGCUCGGAUCGAUGCUGUGACCCCCAGGAUGGUGCGUGACAUCUGCUCCAAAUAUAUCUAUGAUAAGUGUCCUGCGGUGGCAGCUGUCGGCCCCGUGGAGCAGUUACCUGACUACAACAGAAUGCGCAGUGCCAUGUACUGGCUCAGGUUUUAAGAUAAGUUGUGGUGUUGUUCAGUGUGGCCCACAUUUGCUCCUCAUCUUCCUCCUUGACCUCACUUCGCUUCCUUCUGUGACCACUGCAAGAGUGAACAGCUGAGGAUUGUGCACAUGAAAGUGUAACAACAAAGGCAGCCAUCCAGUCACUCUUCAGCCUGACUCCCUCUUUAACCCACUCAUUACCCCAAGUUUGCCAUGAGGGGAGCAGCCAGUCUGCUUCUUAAAAUUACUCUGAUUGCGUGUUGAUUGUACUGUACAGGUACUCAUCUGAUACUGUCUGGUGGAGGGAAGGGCAGUGAGGGCAGGCUUGAACACAGAAUAAUUAUCUACAUGUCAUAUUUCAACCAAUAUUGAUGAACAGCUGGAGCAAGAGUAUAUUUAUAAUUUCUAUAACAUUUGUUUCUGUCCAUUAUUGUACAUAACAGAAGCUGUCAUUCUGACAAAAAUAAAAACUAAAACAAA